GGCCGCGCGCGCUUUGCCAUCGCAGUCGAGUGACGCGCGUCGUACGGCGAGGUUCACAACACAGCGAGAGAAGCUUUCAAAGCUCGCACACGAGUCCGAAACAAAAACAAUCAGUGCGCGCGCGACCGAGUGUUAAACAAACAUUGUUCAUGCGCUAAAUAAUCGUACAACUUGUAACUUCUAAACACACAUUUUCAUACGAUUACAAUUGUAAAGUGUUCCAAAGUGAACGAAAGUGUCGAAAACUUGGAUUUUCAAAUUUUAUCAGUGAACAAUUUGACUAAUUUGCUACUUUUGGAUUGUGGACUGAUUGUAAACGCUGCAAUGGGUUGUAAUGAUACUUAAAACAUUGUGGUGGUAACGACGCAUCGCAGUAGCGCUUGAGAUGAUGGCGAUGAAUAUGCUGCUGAGCUGCGUGCUCAGCCUGAUAGCGCUGAGCGCACUCGCAGUUGGCAACAGUGCGGACGUAAAAUGUCCCAAGUCCUGUUCCUGUACCGGCAACACCGUCGACUGCUCCCAACGGGGACUCACGCAAGUUCCGCGGAAUAUACCCGCCGAUACCGAAAGAAUAGAUUUGCAAUCAAACAAUAUCACUGCCAUUUAUGAAACGGAUUUUCAAAAUUUACCUAAGUUAAGAAUACUGCAAUUGAGUGAAAACCGAAUUCACACCAUUGAAAGAGACGCUUUUCAAGAUCUCAUCUCUGUGGAAAGACUGCGAUUGAAUGGCAACAAAAUACGUCACAUUCCAGACGGCCUCUUUUCAGCGCAAACUAAACUUCUGCGACUCGAUUUGAGUCACAACGAGAUCGUCGUAAUUGGACGCAAAACACUGCGAGGAAUAAACGCCAUUAAAAAUCUCCAGUUGGAUAACAACGGCAUCACGUGCGUCGACGAUCAGGCAUUCAAGACAUUCAAGGAUCUGGAAGUGCUUACAUUGAACAACAAUAACCUAACAUGGCUGGGCAAGGAUAUGUUCGCCAACAUGUUCCGCCUGCGGAUGCUGCGUCUCAACGACAAUUUGUUGCACUGCGACUGUCAGCUGUCGUGGCUGGCGCGUUAUUUACGACAAUAUCCGCGCUUAGCGCUCUACACGCGUUGCCACUCGCCCAACAACCUGAAGGGCCAGAACGUCGUCGACUUGCAGGAGCAAGAGUUUAAAUGUUCAGGUCUGGUGGAUCGUGCCAUCAAUGGCGAAUGCAUCAGCCAGCCGGCAUGUCCGCAUCCCUGUCUCUGCGCCGAUGGGCUGGUGGAUUGUCGCAGCAAAGCGCUCACCAAAGUGCCCGACUACUUGCCGGAAGGCACCACCGAAUUGCGCUUGGAGCAGAAUGACAUUACUGAGAUUCCUUCACGUGCAUUUACUGCAUAUAAGCGACUUCGAAGGAUUGAUCUGAGCAAUAAUAAAAUAUCGAAAAUUGCUAAUGAUGCUUUCAACGGACUCAAAUUCUUAACAUCUCUUGUUUUAUAUGGCAAUAAAAUCAAAGAUUUACCAGCUGGUGUAUUCCAAGGAUUGACAUCACUUCAAUUACUCCUGCUGAAUGCUAAUGAAAUAUCCUGCAUACGAAAAGACAGCUUUAAGGAUCUUCACACCCUGAAUUUAUUAUCACUUUAUGACAAUAAUAUUCAGUCCUUGGCGAAUGGCACUUUCGAUUCGUUACAUGCCAUUCAAACAAUGCAUUUAGCAAGAAAUCCUUUUAUUUGCGAUUGUAAUCUGCGUUGGUUGGCCGAAUAUCUACACAAGAAUCCAAUUGAAACCUCAAUGGCGCGUUGCGACGCUCCCAAGCGAAUGCAACGCCGGAAGAUCGAAUCCCUCAAAGACGAGAAAUUCAAAUGUCAGGAAGAGUUCCGAACAAGAUACGCUGGGGAAUGUUUGAUCGACAGUGCUUGUCCCUCUGGCUGCACGUGUGAUGGCACUUUGGUGGAUUGUUCUGGUCGAGGAUUGAAAGAAAUCCCACGGGAUAUUCCUCUAUAUACAACUGAAUUGUUGUUGAAUGAUAAUGAGCUGGGUAAGAUCGUCUCUGAUGGUUUGUUUGGUCGUCUUCCAAAUUUGAUGAAACUCGACUUACGGCGUAAUCAAAUCACUGGCAUUGAGGAAAAUUCAUUUGAAGGUGCAUCACGUAUUGCGGAACUCCUGUUAUCCGAAAACAAACUGUUGGAAAUCCACAACAAAAUGUUCCUUGGGUUACACAGCUUAAAACUACUUUCAUUGAGCAACAAUCAAAUUACUUGCGUAAUGCCAGGAUCCUUUGACCACCUUGCUUCUUUGCAUACUUUGAAUUUGGUACAGAAUCCUUUCGUUUGCAACUGUCAUCUGGCCUGGUUUUCUGAUUGGCUAAAGAGCAAGGGUUUAAGUGGAUCGUCUGCAAAAUGCGCCAUGCCACCUAGAGUCAAAGAUAUUAUGAUCAAGGACUUGCAACCAAAUGAAUUCAAGUGCACUAGUGACAAUGAUCAAGGGUGUUUGGGCGAGAAUUAUUGUCCGCCGAAAUGCACCUGUACUGGAACUGUGGUGCGAUGUUCCAGAGCCAAAUUGAAGGAAAUUCCAAGGGGUAUUCCUGCUGAGACCUCAGAGUUGUAUUUGGACGCUAAUGAAAUCGAAAGCAUUCAGGUUGAUAGAAUUGGUCAUUUGAAGUCAUUAACACGGCUGGAUUUGAGUACUAAUCAUAUUAGUAUUCUUUCUAACAACACCUUUGCCAAUUUGGGUAAACUCUCAACUUUGAUUAUCAGUUAUAACAGGUUGCAGUGUGUUCAACGGGAUUCUUUAGCAGGAUUGAAGUCAUUGCGAAUUAUAUCGUGGCAUGGUAAUCAAAUAUCAAUGAUUCCGGAAGGCACUUUUGCCAAUUUAACUGCGAUCACACAUAUUGCUUUGGGUUCCAAUCCAUUAUACUGUGACUGUAAUUUGCGUUGGCUUGCCGACUGGGUCAAGAUUGACUACGUUGAACCCGGAAUUGCUCGAUGUGCAGAACCGCCAACAAUGAAAGAAAAAUCGAUUCUAUCAACACAAUCUUCACUCUUCCAAUGCAAAGAAAAGGUGAACAAUGACAUUCUAGCCAAGUGCGACUCGUGCUUCACCUUUCCAUGUCAAAAUGAUGGCCGAUGCGUUCCACUCCCCGAACGUGAAUAUCAUUGUAACUGCGCUCCUGGUUAUCAUGGCAAAAACUGCGAGUUUAUGAUAGAUGCUUGCUAUGGCAAUCCUUGUCGCAACAAUGCCACAUGUAAAGUGUUGGAAGAAGGACGAUUUAGUUGUGAGUGUCCUGCUGGAUACUCAGGACUUCGUUGUGAGACGAAUAUCGAUGAUUGUGAGCACAAUCACUGCGAAAAUAAUGCCACUUGUAUUGAUUUGGUGGAAAGUUACGAAUGUAAGUGUAAAGCGGGUUUCAUGGGCGAACGAUGCGAAACUAAAAUACCUUUCUGUUCCGGCGAAUAUAAUCCGUGUAAAAAUGAUGCUCGAUGUGUUGAUCAUGAUACGUAUUACACAUGCGAAUGCCUGCAAGGUUUUAAGGGUGAGAACUGCACGGUGAACAUUGAUGACUGUGAGAAUCACAUGUGUCAAAAUGGGGCAACCUGCGUCGAUGGUAUCAAUAAUUAUGAGUGCAAAUGCGCUGGUGAUUUUACUGGCAAAUUGUGUGAAAUAAUGCCGAUGGUGUCGAUGAUGUAUCCGCAAACGUCGCCAUGUCAGCAUCAUGAUUGCGUGCAUGGUGUAUGCUUCCAACCCUCUGGAAGUAAUGACUAUCUCUGCAAAUGUGCGCCGGGUUACUCUGGGAAGUGUGAAUAUCUAACUAGUCUUAGCUUCAUCCACAAUACAUCAUACGUGGAGUUAGAACCCUUAAGGACUAAACCUGAGGCUAAUGUAACGAUCAUUUUCUCAACGACACAGGAAAAUGGCGUGUUAAUGUACGACGGGCAGCAGGAACAUCUUGCUGUUGAAUUAUUCAACGGAAGGAUUCGUGUUAGUUAUGACGUGGGGAAUUAUCCUGUCUCGACCAUGUACAGCUUCGAAAUGGUCGCUGACGGUCAUUAUCAUGUCGCCGAACUGAUUGCAAUUAAAAAGAACUUUACCCUGCGAGUCGAUAGAGGACUGGCGCGGUCUAUUAUCAAUGAAGGAAGCAAGGACUUUUUGAAACUGAAUGCACCAAUGUUCCUUGGUGGCGUGCCACCUGAACCUGGACAACAAGCUUUCACACGGUGGCAUUUAAGGAACUUGACCAGUUUCAAAGGAUGUAUGAAAGAAGUGUGGAUAAAUCACAAACAAGUUGAUUUUGGCAAUGCAGCCACGCAACAACGCGUCACACCUGGGUGCACGAUGAUGGACAGUGAAACUGAACGCGAUGAAGAGCAACAAGAAGAUGAUAUGGAUGUAAUGGUAGAGGAGCCUCCGAGCCCUCCAGACGCUUGUUCCAUGAAUCAAUGCAAGCAUGACAGUAAAUGCAUUCCGGCCCGCAAUGGCGAAUACACCUGUCGCUGCCGGCCAGGGUAUAAGGGCAAGUACUGCGAGCAAGGUGAGGAAGAGUCUCCAACUUGCCGUAAGGAGCAAGUAAGGGAAUACUACUCCGAGAAUGGAUGCAGAUCCAGGAAGCCAUUGAAGAUGGCCAAGUGCAUUGGCAGUUGUGGUUCCAGCUGCUGCCACGCGCGAAAAAGCAAGCGAAGAAAAGUGCGCCUCAUCUGCAACGACGGGACGCGCUACACCAAAGACAUAGACAUCGUGCGCAAGUGCGCGUGCACGAAGAAAUGCUACUGACUGACGCACGUCGCUACUCACAAUUCUGACGACGCGCCCGCCGACAAUGCCACCUCCUCCAUCGACCUGGAUGCUCCACGCCACGCUGCCAUGACCGAGGAUCUCAAUAGAACUAGUUUACUUAAUAGCAAGGAUGAACCGUACAAGUUGACCUUCUAUGUGGACGCAAAUACGCCACGCCGCUUUACCCACAACGCCGAUGAGGAGGUCGUCGUCGAGAGCUAUGAGACGCCGAACUUUGACCUGAAGGCGCGCCUCGCGCCCAGACAUGACUCCUUCUGUCUGCUGCCGGCGUUCCUGUACUUCGUUACCAUUACGGCGUUCGUCUACCUGUUCAUUUUGUGGAUACGGCAAAAAAUUCUCGUGCGCAUGGAGGUGAUGCAAUGGUGGUGAGAGUCUCCUUGUUUCGUCCCCACCCAUAAAACAGCGUUUUUCAAAUUAAUGCAAAACGAACACAACGAAUUUAUUUUGCUCCUUGUUUCUUUUGACAGAAUUGUGAAUAGCGGCAUUACUCGUUACUAAUUUUAUUCAGACGAAAAGCAAAAACUUGACUAAACAAACAAAGCUACAAAAUAAUUACUAACAGAGCCAUAUUUAUACGUUUUAUAGAAGUUUCGUUUUAAGUGUAGAGAGUUAUUAUUUAUUUUAUCGCUCCCCCCAAAAAACAGGAAUUUUGAAUGGUUUAAUUUAUAAAUAUGAACAUAAAAUUUAACAUAAUAUAGGAACGUACGAAUAGAUACAAGUCAUACCGAGUUUGAUGGAAGCCACGUAAUUCCUAGCGAAAGAGAGACGAAAAACUAUUUAUUCCUAAACCUAAACACGUAACAAUAAAUCUAUUAAAAUAAAAUUAAUCGCAUUUUUUAAAAUCUAAUGAAUAUAUUCGUACCUAUUUAUAAAAAUCGUUAAAGCUAAGCCAAGACGUAAACGUUAAACGUAAAACGGAGCGAAUAAUAAGAAAGUUACAAGUUAGCCAGAGUCACAUCAGCAAAAUGGUAAAAUAAUACAGGGUGAAAACAAAUUGUUCAUGUGUCAUUGCAUGUUGUUCGUACUGUAAUAAUUUCACAAUUCACGUAUUGUUCAUUCAUUUAUCGCCCGCUCGAAACUAAAUGUUGACUUGCUGCUCAAGUAUUAACACGUAAUAGUAUUAUUUUUGUUUAAAGAGCCUCCCGAACAAUGUACCAUCGAUGUAAACGCCUCAUUUUUGCCCAGAGACAAAGCUAUUACGGAAACCUGAUACAAACGCAAAUAUGUUUGCAAAUAAAUUACAAAUUAAGGACUGUAUAUUUAUAUAUGUAUAUGUACUUUAGUUGGUAGUAACUUAUAUGUUGUAAUAUUUAAUUAUAUAUUAACUGAUAACUGAAUAACGAAGCAACAUAUACUAUACACGAAUAAGAACGACGUAAUAUAUCUGCAUAAAUAGAUGUAGAACAAAACAAA